AUGACUUCUCUCUUGGGCGUCGUCGCUCGGCGUCGCAUUAUUGCGCUGUCUCGUAGCUCGAAACAUGCUGGUGUAUCUCUUGGAGGCUCCCGGAAUAACACUCAUUCAUCUGCAGGACGUCAAGCCACUGCGAGACGCACUGUUAACACUACUCUGCUCUUCGGCUGUGCGCUCAGCGCAUCUCUUGGGUAUUAUGCAGCGAACAGCGCCGCUGCUCGGCAGUCCGCACCACUGAACGUAUCCAAGACUCCUUCAGGACUUAAUGACCAGUACGGCACCCUCGAGGACUUCCAGCUAGCUAUCUCUCAAUUACGGCAAGAGUUCGACCCGGAUGCCGUGACGACGGACGCUGAAGACCUGCGGGUACAUGGAUACUCUGAGAAUGACUAUCAUCCUGAGGACGACUCGGACCUAGUGUGUCAACCCGGAGUACAUUGGAUGCACCUAAACGAUGCGUUGAAGAAGAAAGGGAUACCGCUCUUUUUCCCGCUGGAUCCGGCGCCUGGUGCAACUAUUGGUGGUAUGAUCAGUACUGGUUGUUCCGGAACGAACGCCGUGCGCUAUGGUACGGCCAAGGGCGAAUGGAUUCUCAACGUCACCGUUGUUCUUCCCAAUGGCGAAGUCAUUAAGACGCGACGCCGUUCGCGCAAGUCAUCCGCGGGUUUCGAUACAACGAAGUUAUUCAUUGGUGCCGAGGGAACACUUGGAAUCAUUACGGAAGCAACUAUCCGUCUGGCGCCUUUAAUGCCAACGUCAGUUGCUGUAGUUCAAUUCCCAGAUGUGCGACAGGCCACGCAAGCUGUUAUCGAGGUCAUGAAUAAAGGUGUUGGGAUUCAAUGCAUUGAGCUCUGCGAUAGUGAACACAUGCGCGCGACUAAUGUCUAUGGCAUGUCGUCUCGCAAGUGGCCGGAGAAGGAUUCCCUAUUCAUCAAGUUCCAAGGACCCACUCCCCGUUCUAUCCAGGAGUCAGCGGAAAUUGUGCGGGAAAUUGUUAAGAAAUAUGAUGGGACUGGUUUCGAGCAUGCUAGGACGGAGAAGGAAGCUGCUGACUUGUGGAUGGAUCGAAAGAAUGCACUGUAUUCGGGUUUGGCAUUGGUUGAGGGCAGCCGAGGAUGGAGCACUGACGUCUGUGUUCCCGUUUCGCGCCUCCCUGAUCUUGUCUACCAGACGAAGGAUGAUAUUCAAAAGUCUGGUAUAGUGUCGACGAUGGUCGGUCACGUUGGUGAUGGUAAUUUUCACGCCUUGCUACUAUUUAAAACAGACGAAGAACUUGAAACUUGUCGACAUGUCGUCCACCGAAUGGUAGAGCGCGCACUUGCUCUCGACGGAACCUGUACUGGAGAGCAUGGCGUUGGCAUUGGGAAGCGGAAAUAUCUAGUAGACGAACUUGGUGAGGGAACAGUGGAACUUAUGAAGACCAUCAAACGCACUCUGGAUCCUUACAAUCUGUUCAAUCCAGGAAAGUUGUAUCCCGAUGCGGACCAGAGCAAGUUUCACCCCAGCGUGACACCGUCUAACGACUAG